AUGACCCUUCAUCAAGAUCCUAGUUUCUCUAACCUUACCCAGAGCUUCCAAUACCACCUACAAAAGGUCCUCGAGCAGCUGCAGAAAGACCCGCUCUCCAUCACAGCCGACGAUGCCCGCCGCCUGCACGAACACUACAACGCCGUAGACGAGCGCUCAUCCCGGAUCAUCUCAGCCGUCGAAUCCUUCGCCGUCGCCAACCACGAGAUCCAAUCUGAGAAAGGUGAGCCUCAUUCUGUAUCAGAUGAAGCCUCCCUCCAAUCCAUCGUCAUCGACCUCCACGCCACCAUCGACGCCAACCCCGGCAGCGUCACCCCGGAGGUCCUCAAGCUCGCCCAGACGGCCGUGAGCAAGAUGCAGAAGGCAAUCGGCCACACUCACGCACCUCACCCAGAGCUCGAGCCGCUUCUGCAGGAGGAGUACGCCAAGAUCGAGCCCAAGGUUGAGAAAGGAAUUGUCACCAAGGAGGAGGCGGAUAAGCUUCACUCGCUGGAGGCUCGUGCCCACGGACACACGGAGAAAGGCGGACUGACGGCUCAUGCGCAGAGUAUUGCUGCUAAACGGGAGAAACGCAAGUCGAUGAGUCUGAGCGAUACUUCCAAUGGCCAGGGGUUGUCUCAUGAGGAGCAGUCGCAUAAGGAUAUGGAGGCCAAUCUGGAGAAUGUGGCUCUUGCUCUUCGUCCGAAGAUUGGACGUGAGCCAGAGAAUUUGGCUAAAGAUGAGACUAAUAUGCUCCAUUCGCGUGAGUCUCGUGCUCAUGGUCACACUGAGAAGGGAAUUAUCACGGCUGACAAGAAUGAGAAUACGACUGCUGUGGCGGCGGAGUAGAUUUAGGGGUUCACUCUACCGUCCGCUGUUCACAAUGUGGAUGCUGAUGGACUAUUGUGACGAUGUAUGAUUUAGAUGAUGAUGAUGCAUG